CCGGAAGCAAAAGUCAUUUUUCUUGCGCUACCUUGAAAAUAAAGUGGAGGCUGGUUGAAAGCGCUUCGUAAGUCAUGUAAAAAAUGUUUACAACAUGACUCUGUUUAUGUGGGGCAGCUAGGAGUCUAAAUAUCCACGCGAGACUCCUUGGAGAUCGGGCUGUUGGUUUGGCGACACGCUGCGGAUGAUACAUCCCAGCUAGCCUAAAGCUGCUAUAGUUAGCUAGCUACUACUCGCCAGGUUUGACUUUCUUGUGCUUUCCAAGCUGAUAGCGCAGUGAGUGAUGUGGAAAGUAACGUUUCAAGCGUUCGGUGUUUUGCUGUUGGCGUGGUUGUUGGGAAACUUUGUUCUGGGCUGGUUUCAGCAAAACACCAAAGCCCAAACGCAGCACAGCGAGCAGCAUCCGAGCAGAACCUCGGAGAGCCAGGACCAGAGCUGCUUCUGCUACCUCACAGGCGUCCUGGACGACUGCUUCUGUGACGUCGAAAGCAUCGACAUUUUCAACAACUUCAAGCUCCACCCUCGCAUCAGGAAGCUGACAGAGAGAGACUACUUCAGAUACUACAGGGUGAACCUGAAGCGACCGUGUCCUUUCUGGCCUGAUGACGGACACUGCUCCAUCAAAGACUGCCACGUGGAGCCCUGCCCAGAGAGCAAGGUUCCUGUUGGCAUCAAGUCUGGGAACUACAACAAGUACUCGCAGGCGGCCAAUACGAUGUCGGACGUGGUGGAGUGCCAGCAGGCCAAGGAGCUGGGGGCCAUCAACAGCACGCUGAGUAACCAGAGUAAGGAGGCGUUCGCUGACUGGGCGAGACACGACGACGCUCAGGAUCACUUCUGUGAGCUGGACGAUGAGACGUCUCCAGAUGCCGAGUAUGUGGAUCUGCUCCUGAAUCCGGAGCGAUUCACCGGAUAUAAGGGUCCGUCCGCCUGGAGAGUGUGGAACAGCAUCUACGAGGAGAACUGCUUCAAGCCCAGGUCGGUGUAUCGACCUCUGAACCCUCUGGCUCCCAGCAGAGGAGACGAUGAUGGAGAAGGUUUCUACACCUGGCUUGAAGGUGGGUUCUGCCUCGUGUGCUCACGCCUCCACCACCCAGAGGAGUUUCGUCUGCAUUUCAAGAACAUCUCCAGGAUCAUGGACUGUGUGGGCUGCAGUAAAUGUCGCCUCUGGGGGAAACUGCAGACUCAGGGUCUGGGUACUGCUCUGAAGAUCCUCUUCUCUGAGAAGGAGAUCAAGAACCUUCCUGAACACAGCCCCUCCAAAGGCUUCCAGCUCACUCGUCAGGAGAUCGUGGCCUUGAUGAACGGCUUCGGCAGGUUAUCCACCAGCAUAUAUCAGCUCCAUCACUUCCGUCAGCUGUUGGAGGAGAAGAGGUAACAGGAGGCGACGCUCCACCUGGACAGCAGGCGCCCCACACUGCAGCCGUCUACCUGCUCUCAGAAGAAGGACCUGAGGACCAGCAGUGACCCUGUUUUUGUCCCAAGAACCGCCCCUCUAUAAGCCCCUCCCCCCCGUCACACAUCAUGAAUGUUAAUUCUUCAGCCUCCUCUCGCCUUCACCAGAAAAGAUUUGGAACAUUUAAACGACACGUUUUUCUCUGCUCGUGAAACUUGUCCUCAAAUUAUUUUUGAAAAGUAAAAAGAUGUUGAUGUAGGACAACAGGAACGGAGCGAGGCCUCGGCGCCGAGAGGCCCAGCAGGAGACGCUGCGCCCUCUGCUGACCUCACAUCCUGUUGUCUUUUAUACUGACACCUGAUUUCCUGUAGAAGAAGGAAGGAGUCUGUCAGCGCACAGCUGCCUUUGUGUGUCUUUACGUUUUACUGUUGUUGCUCAUGUCUGC